UGCAGAACCCGCCGGAGCUCCGCCCUCGAGAGCUGGGCAGCGGGGACGCGAAGGGAAACGGUGGCGGACCUGGCUGGCGCGCAGAGGCUGCGUCUGCCGGAGCGGCGGUGACCGCCGGCUGCGACGCGACAGCGAGGGGGUUAACCGCGAGUCGGCAGACGGGAGAGCACGAGCCCGGCGCGGCCGACGAGGGCGCUCUGGCGCCGGGAUGGAGGACGGCGUGGCGGCACCCCGGCUCGGGGAGGCGGCCGAGGCGGCCGAGGCUCGAGUGCGGCCCGAGGUGACGCUGCGGCCCUUCGCGCCGUUCUCCGCGGCGGCCGAGGCCGAUGAGGGCGGCGGCGACUGGAGCUUCAUCGACUGCGAGAUGGAGGAGGUGGACAUGCAGGACCUGCCCAGCGCCACCAUCGCCUGCCACCUGGACCCGCGCGUGUUCGUGGACGGCCUCUGCCGGGCCAAAUUCGAAUCCCUCUUCAGGACAUACGACAAGGACAUCACCUUUCAGUACUUUAAGAGCUUCAAGCGCGUCAGAAUAAACUUCAGCAACCCCUUGUCGGCGGCCGACGCCCGGCUGCGGCUGCACAAGACCGAGUUUCUCGGGAAGGAGAUGAAGUUGUACUUCGCUCAGACUCUGCACAUAGGGAGCUCCCGCCUGGCCCCCCCGAACCCCGACAAGCAGUUUCUGAUCUCUCCGCCCGCCUCGCCACCCGUUGGCUGGAAACAAGUGGAAGAUGCCACGCCCGUCAUAAACUACGACCUCUUGUGCGCGAUCUCCAAGCUCGGGCCAGGGGAGAAGUACGAGCUGCACGCGGCCACGGACACCACGCCGAGCGUGGUGGUGCACGUGUGCGAGAGCGACCAGGAGGACGAGGAGGUGGAGAGGACGAAGAGGCCCAAGCCCAAGAUCAUCCAGACCCGCCGGCCGGAGUACACGCCCCUGCACUUGAGCUGAGCGGGCCCCUGGCCGAAGCACCCCAAGCCCCACUCGCGGGGAGGAAUCUUUGGCUGUGGGAGCGGCCGGCCACCACUUUGGAGGGGCAGCCACGAUCGCGGUGGCGGGAACGCCAGCUCCCGCCGCUCAGAGGAGGAUCAAGGCUUUGUCCCCCGGCCCUGACACUGCGCACGGAUGCCGCGGCCCCGGGGUGUCGCGGGCCGGCCGCUGAGUGCGGGGUGACCGCACGCGGACGUU